AUCAAUUGUCAGUUGUUACUUGUCAAAGUAGAUCGCCAGCCAUUUGCCAUUUGCAGUGCUGUAAAUAAUCGAAAUUAUUAUCAAAAUAUAAUCUUAAAAUUUUAUUGUAUUAUCAAAAUAAUAAAUACAUAUUCCAAUGUCCUCACUGAAAGCAAAAGAUAAGUCAGAGCCAGUGGCAUAUAGCGAAGCAGCUUUAAGAAACAAUGCAGUGGUUGUGGAAUAUUGUAGAACUUCGAUGGCUGCGUUGUCAGGUUCUACUGCAGGAGUGCUCGGCCUUACCGGUAUCUAUGGGUUUGCAUUCUACGUAUUUGCAGUGGUCAUCCUUUGGGUGAUGUUCAUGUUGAAAUCAGGUUCCAAUUGGAGUAAAUAUUAUGUGUCAAGACAAAGCUUAUUGACAAAUGGAUUCUUCGGAGCUCUAUUUACCUAUGUACUAUUCUGGACAUUUAUAUAUGGGAUGGUGCAUGUAUAUUAGCUGAAAUAAAUAAUAAUUUGUAUUUAUAAAGGAUGAAUUUCAUCAUCAAAUAUUUUAAUGUAAUUACCGAAUGGAAAGGGUCAUGAAAUAUUACUGAAACAAUAUUCCAUUAAAUUUAAAUUGUUAGCCAUCAAUCGUUACUAUGAAAAUUCAUGAAAUAUUUCAUUGUUUGAUGAAUAAGGAAUAGUGGAUGAGUUGUGAUAUAAUAUUAGUUAUUCCUUUAUCUGUAUUCAAAGUAGAUUAAAUAAUACUUCAAGACAAUGUGCAUCUUUUAAAGAUUUCUGUUACAAAUAUUUUAAGUUAUAGCUGCAAGUAAAUUGAUGGCGAAUUAUGUUUUAAUGUAAUAGCAUAUUGACUUGGUGAGAGUGGAACAGAUUGUUAAUAAAAAACUACAAAAUGUCAAAAUUAAUACACAUUAUAAGAAUUUAAAAAAAACACCCAAUGGGAUAGUUAUUUAUUAGCGCCAACAUUUUAUUAGUAAUUGCAAUGUUAUGAAUUAUUUUUGCCAUUAAAUGAUUAUUCACGUAAAGAUAUAAAAUAUAUUUUAAAAAUGUCCUUGGUUGAGUUUGUUACAUACCAUGGGUUUUUAUCGCAUGGGGAGACCCAAUUCUUAUCACCUAGAGCAUUGCAGCUCAUUUCAGCACAGGAAAAAAAAGCCAAGCACUUUUAUUUUUGUCAUUUUGCCGCUCUUAAAUAUGUCGUCCUGUGCGGGCCGCCCCAACCGCUCCUAUUAAGCCACUGGGUUGCAUAUCCUGGUAUUAAACCAAAGAUUUUGGUCUAAAAAUAUGUUUCACUCUCACCAAACUGGCAUUCAUUUUGUCAAUGUUAAUUUUAAGGCAUUUAAACAUAUUUAUUGUGUUAUUUGAAUAAGAAACCAUAUCAUAAGGUCCUAUGUUGAUGAGUGACAAAAAAUGUGUUUUGUUAUGUGAAUGGGUUAUAAUAUAUUGUUUGAAUAAC